AUGGUGCAGCAGCAGUCAACAGUUUUUGACGGUGAGGAGAGACAUGAAGGCGUGCCGGCGCCAUUUUUCAACCCGAUUCCGCUGCGCUAUCGGGAGGAGAAAAGGUAUCAACUACUGCCCGACGAGGAAAAAUUCAGCGAUCUUAUCACCAGCCCCAUCGAUGGAGUGUCAACACGGAAGAUGGCUGAGACAAUGGAUUUUAGCAUCUUCGAUAAAGUGGAGGCGAUGAUGACGAUACCCAACAUCAACAGCUACGACCUGCACGCGGUGGACAGUAUUACGGAUGACAUGGUGAGUUCCUUGAAGGGGCGCCGAAUGAUGUACCGCUUCAUCCCGACCGAAGGACGGCACGUCAUCCGGCGUGCGAUUCUUUUGCAGCAGAAUGAGCAUAAAAGCCGUGUCUUCGGCGCGUCUCUUUACAUGCGUAUCGUGCACCCCUUCGACGUGGCGGCCCGCGCAUCUUCGACUGUGUCGAGGCCUUCACAAAUCACCAAUGCGCCGCCGCAGCAGAAUUACAAGCAGGAGGUGAAGCAGAUACGCGACAAGAUCGAGCGGGUUUUGCGCCGCUACGUAAAUCGACUCAUCGAGCCCUUCCCCAACGAGCUCGCCAUCGACCUGACCCACUACCGGACUUUUCUCGCCUUGCUCGUUGUGAGUCGACGCAACGUGGAGCAGUUCAAGAAAGACGCCGCCGACUACAUUGCGCAACGCCCAGUGAACCCAGAGGGCAUCCCAGCAGGUCCACCGCCGCCGGAGGAUCUGGAGCCUGUCUCAGUGGACGUGCUAGCGGCGGAGAUUGCGCGGUUGAUCCGUCGCGAUGUACUGCAACCGCUGUACAGCGGCACCGACCCUGCGAACUCGCAGCUCAACGGCGAUCGUGCGGAUGUCGCGACAGCAUCGUCAAACAUCCCGCGCGUGUGCAUCGGAGUGGCCUCGUCGCCAGUGCUGGCCAAGAUUGCCUGUGAUGCGGAGGUGACGGUGAUUAUGAAAAAACUGGAAGAUUUGGCGGCGAGAGAGCAAGGCGCUGCAUCUACCACAACCGGGGCGGAGAAAGUCUCGUUGAUCUCUGUCCGCUCACUUCAUCGUCACACGUCAUCUCUGAAGGCGGUACGCAAGCUCCUGGCCGAUUUUCCUGUCUCCCAGAUCCCGCUGUUCUCACCAUCGUUUGUGAAGCUGCUGCGGGAGGCGUUUGACAUACGCACGUGUGAAGAUCUCUACGUUCAGCAAAACGUACUUUGUUUCUGCCUUUCGCCCAAUACGUUUCGUGUCUGUUACUCCGUUGCGUGUGGGUGCAUGAGUUUCCCAAUUGAAGACACGGUGGCGCUGGUAGCGAUGAGCAACCUGUACAACAGCUGCAGUGCGUUGCGUGUCUUGUCCAGUAAUGUGAUGAGUAUUGUGAAUGCAGAGCGCACCAAGUUCGCCGUCGCCAUCGAUAACAUCACGCGAGACACCUUCUCGUUCCGAAUUCGCCAACCGCGCUUUUCCAACAUUGGGUACGGGCGUCUCACCUCGGAUGCAGACUUAGUCCAGAGCGUGCUGGACCUUGUCGACAGAAACUACCUGAAGGUGCACCGCAACGGAGAGACGUUCGGCGGACUGCACUGCGCCAUCUCGGAAGGCUUAGUGACGAAGUACUCCUUCGACAUUACCUUUACACCUUUUCUGCCGUUAGAAGAGGUGCGGAAAGCGGUAAAGGCCCAAAUCGGUCCGCUUCUGCAGCACCGCAAACGUGACGGCAUCGAUGCGGAGGGCCUGUUCUGCACUUUCACUAUCGCCUACACACAACUAGUCCCUAUCCCGAUGGUGCCGCCCGCCAUGAUGGAGGAGGCCGAGGGCUUGAAGGAGGCUGUGAUGCACGUGAAGUAUCAGAUCUUUCGCUGCAAGUGGGUGAAGGAGGAGCGUAAGCAGGCGAAGAAGGUCAUCAAUGAGCCACGAGAGGUUCCCGCCCUGCCGGAGACAGGUGCUUCUAAACCACCGAAGAAGUCGCCAAGCGAGCCGAGAGUAGACGAUGUCUUUCUUGUCUAG